UUUUCUGUUUUUUAAAAGACACUUCAGCAGCCUGUUAGUUCUUUUUUGUUUGGUUCCUUCACACAUCAGUGUUACAACAACAACAAAAAAAAUGGCAUCUGGAGUUCAAGUCUCCGAUGAAGUAAAACAGUUGUUUGAGGACAUGAAAGUGCACCACAAAGGUGAAGAUGAAAACGACCACUGUAAAAUUGCAGUCAUGAAGAUCCGGGAACACUCCAUUGAGGUUGAGAAAAAGUACACACUUGGAGAAAUUAAAAAGGGAAAUCAAGAUCCCUUCGUGGUCUUCCAGAAUCAGUUGAAAUCUGACACGUGCUGCUAUGUGCUGUAUGACUGCUGCUUUGACACAAAGGAGGUGCCUAACAAAGAAGACUUGAUACUAAUAAUGUGGACACCUGAAGGUGGACCACGUGAGGAUAAAAUGGUCUACUCUACCUCAAAACAAUCCCUGAAGGCAGUCUGCUCAGGGGUCAAAUACAACUUGGAGAUGCAGGACUAUGACGAUAUCUGCAGCCGACACAGUUUUGGUGAAUGUCUGGGGAAAGAAGUUACCAGCAUUGAAGGCAUCUCUGUCUGCAAGCAGCAGCGGUCAUCUUAAUCACAUGCUCAGAGGCUUCUGAAACGUCAACACUUGUUCUCCCCUACAGUCUACUGUAUAGUGAUGUAAAGCUAAUGAGCUGAAAACAGGUUCCAAAUAAACUUGAUGGUGGAAUUCCUUCAAGUUCUACUGCCAUCUUUAUAAACUUGAUCCAGAGAGUGCAUGUUUGACAGUUUUCUCUAUCAACAAAGGAGUUAAUAAAGAGGGGAUUAAAAAAA